AGACGGCUCGAUACGUACACAGACUAAAAUCAAGAAUUUUUUUUUAAUAUAUAAUCUCUCAUAUCAAUUCAGUGAUAACAAUACUAGAUUUAGCUUCAGUGUGAUUCAGAAUUCGCUUGAUGUUUGUAGUGCGUACGUAAUUUGUAGCUUUAUGUUGUGUAGUUGAUUUGAUAAUCGAUUUUUAUUUUCGGUUGUAAAGUGCAUAAUAUACUUUAAAAUCGACUAACAGAUCGAGGAGGUUAUGCAUCAGAAGGCGCCAGGGGUGCCUACUAGUGUCAAAGAGCGCCAGCAUACUUCAGAGAUCCGCAAAGCUUUUGGGGCUAAUUUCUUUAAGACAACCUUCAGUUCGCGAAGCAAGGCUAUAUCCUCUUCCACUUCUUCAAAGUCAGUUUCGGAAACUACAAAAAUAGGCAGCGCGGAGACAAAACCUGUCACUAGAAACAGGCCAAGAACAGUUCCACAGGCGGAGACAAGAAUCAGAAGACAGAAUAGUGACAAAGGUGUCUAUUCCCGACCCGAGAAGCAUUCAGAACCUUCUAGACCUCUUAGAUCCAAACUAGUUAGUGUCGACUCCGCAAAAGCAAAUUUAGGAGAAGGAUCAAAGAAUGAAUUAAGUUCUAACGUGCUUAAAAUAAUCAAAAAAGGUCCGGCACCCUUAAAACCUGAUUUGAAAACAUCUGAAUCCAUUUUACCUCCAACUUUAAAACCAAAGUCUCUAGAAACAGUGAAAUUAAAGCGAGAGAAGCAUGUGAAUAAUAAUAGUGUUUGGACAAAUGCGAACAUAUUAAAAGAGAAAAAGUCUUCAUUUUUUAAUGUGCGAGGACCAAGUCAAGGGAAGCAAGAAACAGCCCUCAAGGGCGCCCCGUCUGUCUCCAGCCUCGAUUCCAAGCACCACAAAGUAGCUCCGGCAAGAGAGAAGACUAUAAAGAUAUUCGGAUCCAAAGAGAAGUUGAACAAAGCGCACAAAAAGAAAGAUUUGGGUAAUAACAAUGCUGUACUAGAAGACCCCGAGUUGCGGGAAGGCUUGGAAGGGUAUGAGGAUGGGCACAUCAGGACUCAUGAGUACGGUAGCUCAGAGGAGCUGGGGACGGGUUCCGUAGACGGGCGAGGUUCACAAGAGUGUAUCAGCUUGCCAGUGACGCUCAACGCAGAUCACAUGUCUGGCUUUCAGGAGGUUGAAUUGCGGACCAGGAUACCGUCAGAGGCGUCUUUAACUUCGGGAGUGCGAGAGCUGGAAUCUCUCCGCCGAGAUCUGGAGACAGUGACGAUGGAACGCGUUCAGCUGCAAGCCCGCGUGGACGAGCUGUUGGAGCGGGCCAACGAGGCUGACAGACUUAGGGCUGAACUUGAACGUCUUAAGAACCAAGAAGCCGAGCGGAACUCAGCUCUAGAGCGUUUGGCUGACGAGAACGGUGCGCUGCGUGCGAGACUGAGGGGUGUAGCGCAUUCGCCGUUGUCUGACAGCGAGAAGAGACAGCUGCUGCUGGCACCAGCACCAAGGAGAAUGCACUCCUCCGCACCCGCCUCCAUCGCACUCGCUCAUAAUGGCGAGGGUGAUAGCGGCGACGCGAGCACUCCAGAGUGGGACAAACACUCUUCGUCGUCUCUGAGCGAGGUGUCGGUGGCCUGUCUACAGGACCGUAUACUGCAGAUGGAAGAACAUCACUACAGCACGAGUGAGGAAUUACAGGCGACUUUGGCCGAACUGGCCGAUCUGCAAUCACAGCUGGCCGACGCUCACGCCGACAACGAACGACUCUCCGAUGAGAAGCAAGUGUUACUGGAGUCACUCUGCCGACAGACUGAAAAGCUCGAGGACAGUCGAACUAAGGUGGACACACUACAGGAGCUGUUGAUGCGCGAGGGUGUGGAGCCGGAGACGGUCGUCUCUGGGGACCCAGACCAGCAAUUACUGACUGUGUUAAAGGUAUCUCAAGAGGAACGUCGUCUGUUACUGACGAAACAGGAGCAACUGGAAGCCGAUCUGACCGAGUCGAAGGCCGCGCUGGAGGAGAAAACCAAAGAAAUAGAAACCCUGUCUGAAAGAAUAAGGUCUCUGGAGUGUAGUGUGGAGCGCGCGGAGUCUGAGCGCGCUAGGUGGGAGCAGGAGGCGGGGGCGGCGAGGGAUGCCGCGGCCGCGAGACAGCAUCAGGUCACCACGCUCGGGGAACUGCUGGCAGCCGCUCAGGCUCAGUUGGCCGGUGCGGCAGAGGGCGCUGCGGCGGCGGAGUGCGCUGCGGCGGCGGCGGCUCGGCGCGACGCGGACGCUGCUGCGGCGCGGGCCCACACACUCGCCGAGAGACUUGCUCAUGCACAGAGACAACUAGACCGAGCUCACUCGGACGCUCGCAAACUACACGAUGAUGCACUCGUGUCUCGUAACAAUGCCAAGUCGACGAUCUCUGAGCUUGAGUUCCAGCUAGAGCAGGCUCGGCAGGAGAAGAGCGCCCUUCAGACUGAGCUGCGGACCAUGCAAGAGAACUGUGCUGAGCUUCAGAUACAAGUUCAGGUAGCCUCUGAUGAAAAGCUGUCACUGAUGAGUCGUGCGGGAGAAUCGUUGGCGCGUGCUGCGGACCUCGAGAGGCAGCUCGCUGACACACGCGCCAGGCUCGCUACUAUAACUAGAGAUAGAGAUAGAGAUGAAGCGGAAUGGAAGCAAUUCCAAAGUGACUUACUGAUGACGGUCCGAGUAGCUAACGACUUUAAAACAGAAGCCCAGAGGGAGCUGGAGCGACUUGUUUCUGAGAAUAAGAUCGCCAGGGAUCGUAUACGCUCACUCGAAGAUCAGAUACAUUCGCUUAAAGGUGUUGACAGACAAGAAUCUAAGGAUAGCGCAAAAAAUUCGAACGAUGGAAAAACAUUAUCAACCGACUCUGAGAGUUUGGACUCGCAUAGCGAUAGUUCUAAAGAUGUGUUUAAAAAUAUAAGGACGAGAUAUUUGUCCAGAGUUCAUAGCGUUAAUGAACUGAAAGAUGUAAGUCUUGUUGAUCAAGCAUUCUUCAAAGUUAACGUUCCUAAGGAGUUCAAAGUUGAUAUCGAUAAUGUUACAACUGAUGAGACUAACGAUGAUGAUUGUAGAAUGAAUCUUGAGAAGUCAGAUUCACUUCCGGAAAUCAGAUCGAAUGAACGAAAGUUAAAGAGACAAGACGCUAUUUAUAUUUCCAAUAGAAAACUUAGUAGACAAAACGCGUUUGAUGAUCUCAUUAGUCCAAAGAAAGAUAAAUUUAAAUCCAAGUCGGUAUCUAGUAAUUUAUUACCAUUUAGAGGAACUAUUUUUAAUAGGAAUCGAUCUGAAUUAUUUAACGGUAAACCAAAAUCGUACAGUACAGAUAAUCUAAACGAAGACGUUGAAUUCAAAAACGCUUUAAAAGAGGCUACUAGUAUAGAGUUUUUAUGCGAUACAUAUAACGUUAGCGAAAGUUCCUUGUUCAGUGAGGGAUCCAAUAAUGUGUUUUGGAGUCCCGUGGAAAAAAAUAAUAACUUACCCGAGGUUAAAGAUAAAGAAGAUAAUAAAACAACAAACCCUUCCAAACAAGAUAACAUACAAAUAGAUGUUAGUCCAAUACCCGUUGUGAAGGCAGCACGUAUUCUGCCAUAUCCGUAUCCUGACAAAGGAACGAAAGAAAACAAUCUUGCCGAUAUCAACGAUCCGAUUGAACACGACUUCAAAACUGUUAGCGAAGAGUUGAAAUUUAAUUUCAAAGCGGCUUUAGACAGGAUAUCUGGCAAUAAUGAUAACAUGAACCAAAUAAAUCAGGGAACAAAAUCUUUAUCAAAUAUUACCGGUGCAAGUGAAACACUUCCCGAGUCAGUUGAAGAAAAUACGAGUAAGUUCAAAGAAAAUGAUGAUGCUGUGACAAAACCGUCUCUAACAGGUUUAGGUGAAACUGAAAUGGAUCACGAUAAAGAAGAAUUAAAUAAUAACUCUAUUAAUAGAGUAACCAGUAAUGCAAAUAGUACAAUAGAUUUAAGUCAGUCAAAUGUGUUAUCAGAUGAUAAUUUACAGAACUCUUCUCAGGAUGUAUCUGCUGAUAAAUUUUUAGAAACUGACAUAAAAACAACAGAUACUAAUAAAGAACAAUCGGUCUUAGGUCAAGAAACAACACAUCCAGCCAUCGACCAUAACGUCACUUAUCACUUAAAAAUAAAUACACUCACAGAUUUCCCAACUCCCGACCUAUCUAAAGACAAUUCAUUAAGUAAUGUAUCUAAUAUUCAAGCGAAUAAGGUUAAUAAUAGAGUAAAAACCAUUCUCACUCCUUUAAAUCUAAACACGGAUAUACGGUCAACCGCUCCAAUUAUUCUUAGCCCAGUUUUGAUCCAACCAAUAUUUUUCAAACCGAAUUCAUUUAUACAACCCCAAGUCACCAAAGAGAAUAAAAAAGUUUACUAUGAUGAUAUUGACCAAGUAAUAAAUAACAGUAAAAUUAAUACCGACCCAAAAGAAGGCGAAACUAAAAAGGGUUUAUAUUUAAAAAAUACUAAAUCAAGACAUCUUCCGUUUCUUUCGGUAAAGAAAACUUCCUCUAACGAAAAUGUUGCUGAACCCAAAUCUCCUCCCACGAGAGGGCCGAUGUCACUUCCAAAGCCCGUCGCGAAGUUAUCAAAAACGCCAGAGUUCUUGGUCGAAAACCAAUAUUACCAGCCCAUUGACAACCUGCCUUUCAUAAACUCAUCACAACCAUUACCUAACAAGGGCGCUGAGCGGCAGAAAAAUAUAAACACAAAUCCGUUUAUUCCCACGAAUGAAUCCCGAACAGAUAUAGAACAGGAAAAUUACUAUGAAGAGAUCGGCCAACCGAUGACAUCCGAAACACCGAUAAAUAUAGCUGACGACGACAAAUUAUCAAAGAAUUCGAAACCCGAUGAAUUAUACUGUAUACCCCGCGAGGAGCUACUGAAAGUGCCACGAAGACCGAAAAGAACGAAAACUUACGAAGCAAAAUCACCUGCUGAUAAAAAAGGUGUCGUCAAAGACAUGACCAAAUCGGUCAUAUCUCUGUCAAGGACACCGAGUGCGAAUGAAAACAGACCAAGCAGCAUUGUUGGGGAGAUAGUGCAGAGCUUAGAGUCUCCACAUGUGGAGCUCAGGAAUGCACCCAAGGUGCCGUUACGAAAGUUAUCGCUCCAGAGUCAGAAUGUUCCCAAAACGGAGUCAGAAACGGGGUCAUUGCCCCGUUACCAUUGGAAGACGUUGGAGCACAAGCGUCUCUCGCAUCCAAUAAGAUCUCUAAACCAUUCGCCGUCCAGACCGCUGCCGCUACCCCCUCGCUCGGAGGACCCCCCGCAGCCUCCACCGCUGCUAUCAAGCGCCUCGCUGCAGGACAUCAUGGCCACCGCUGCCUCACAUAGACGUACUAAAGGUGUUAGCCGCCAGGACUCGCGUCUGUCUGUGAAGUCGCUCAUCGAGAGUAUCGAGAACGCUGCAAAGGCAGCGAAGCAGUCGCCCGCCGCCUCGCCAGCCGCUGACUGGCCGCAGGUACAAACCACAGCGUGCACAACAACAACGACGAACACCAUCAAAAACGGUAUGACCGAGUCGUCCUCGAUAAACAACUUCUCAAAGCCGCCGGCCCCUAGGAACAACAGACCGGCCCCAAACACAACCGAGGCGGCGGGGAGUGGCGCUAACCUGGCCAGUAUGGCCAACAUGGGCAGUAUGGCCAACAUGGCCAACAUGCCGGACGAGCAGCGCGCCCUAGCGUCCCUUCAACAGAAGGCUAUGGAGUCAUUUGUGCGACGAAACAGCUACGGAGACAUAUGCGAAAGGAAAGAUCCCUUGAACGCUCUGCAAGUUAAAAACGGCGGUUCUAAACGGAACGCUCUUCUAAAGUGGUGCCAACAGAAGACCAUGGGAUACAAUAAUAUCGAUAUUACUAAUUUCAGUUCUUCAUGGAAUGACGGAUUGGCUCUGUGCGCGUUGCUCCACUCUUACUUGGGCGACACCGUUCCGUACAGCUCAUUAACACCACAGGACAAACGUACAAAUUUCUCGGUGGCCUUCGCCGCAGCCGAAUCCGUGGGCAUACCAACAACACUAAAUAUCCAGGACAUGAUACAGCAGGAGAGACCCGACUGGCAGCAGGUGAUGGCGUACGUUACCAGCAUAUACAAGCAUUUUGAAACUUAAACCUUAUUCUAAUUGAAAUAAGGAUGUUAAUCCAAUAAUCGAUUUAUAUGCGCUUAUAAACAUUCGUAAUACACUCUUAUAUAUAUCGUAUUUCACUUGAAUAUUAGUUUUAAAUUUGUUCCUCAUUCGAAAUAUGUAAUAUCCAGCGAGUUAUAUUAUUGUAAGUGAAAAAAAAAUAUUAUAAUAUAUAACAUUCGUGUAUUGAGUCUGAUUGUAAUUGAUAUGCCUUUGUAUGGCCUUGAGGGAAUUGAUAGCCGUCUUUCCAUUAAAGACUGAGUAAGUUUAUGUGUUAGGAACUAUCAGGGUUGGACAACAUUCGGUUUUGGGAAACGUUUAGCAUUUUAAAGUCGAGGUUGAAAUUUAUUGUAAUGAAGUUAAAAAAAAAAUGUUGUCUAUUCCUGAAUAGCUGGUAAAGUAGAUAUAAAAUGUGUAUGUCUGUUUGUACCAACGGCCCUGAUUACAGUUCGGGACUCAACACAUCUCACUAUAUGGAGUAGGAAGAAUAUUAUAUAUUAACAAUCUGCAUUUAUCUUACGUAAAACUUUCGAUGUCUGUAUCCAGUAUGCUUUAAUGAUUGUGUGUAUGUAUGUUACCUAUAAUGUAUUAAACACUGCACCGGUAAUUUUUUUUUUUAGAUAUUUCGAUUGAAUGGCCUUUGGUUAGAUGUAAUUUCUAAUAAGUGGAUCCUAGUAUUUGAUUUUGGUAUAUAGUAAAAAAAAAUACGUUGUUCCGUCUGUACGGUACGAGGUAAAGAGAAAAUUAUGUUUAUUAAGUUAAAUAAGGAAAACACAUCCAUUUGUUGUAUUUAAUGAAUUACGUGUAGUUUGGGAUAUUUUUUAUUUUUGACAAAAACCGUGUUCGUUUGUUGUAUAUUUUUUUUCGUAAGGUGUCAGUGUGUGAUAUGACUGGAGAUUUAUUAAUGAAUGAUAUUAGUAAUAAAACACUUUAAUUGUUUAGAUACAAUCCACAUUUCAUGUUAUUCAGGUUUAAAAGCAGCUACAGGGAGAAAUGGGAAGAUAUUACAGCAUAAAUAAUUCUAUGCGAGUUGUGCUUCUCUCUUUUUUUAAUGACUGCUCGCUAGAAGUGAAUAUUUAUAGAUAAAAUAUCUCACCAAAUUGUUAACUCCUGUGUUAUAAGUUAAGACCAUAGCCAUGUGACGGUUGGUAUGUAUAAUAUCUAUAAAUAUAUUAUACGGAUCCUCAUUUUGCACUGUGACUGUUGAAGCUAUAUAGAAUUAUAUAUUUUCUGAUAUCUGUACUGUACAUAUAGCUAAAAUAAAGUUCCUGGUUUAUUAAA